AUGUCUCUCGUGGUGGAUAUCCACACCCAUGUCUAUCCUCCAGCCUACAUGGAGAUGUUGCGAGGACGCAACACCGUCCCUUACGUCCACGACCCUGCUGGCAACGCAGACCCGCGCCUGAUCAUUCUCUCCUCGGACGAUGAUCCCUCGAUUCCUCUUGACGAGCGGGGCCGACCCGUCGAUGCAUCCUACUGGGACAUCAACGUGAAGCUGGAUUUCAUGCGUCGUCACGGCAUCAACACCAGCGUCAUCUCUCUCGCCAACCCCUGGUUGGAUUUCCUGGAGCCGCAAGAGGCGCAGACAUGGUCGGAACGUAUCAACGAUAAUCUGGAGGAGACAUGCGCGAAGGUGAACGAAGUCGCAGAUUCGGAGAAGACGCUGGCGCUGCAUGAGAAACACACUCUCUACGCGUUCGGCGCCCUGCCGCUGAGUGCACCCAGCUCCGACAUCGUGGUGAACGAGAUCAAGCGGCUGAAAACGCUGCCGCAUCUACGUGGAGUGAUCAUGGGUACAUCGGGGCUCGGGAAGGGGUUGGACGACGCGAGUCUGGAUCCGGUCUGGGGCGCGUUGGAAGAGACCGGGUCGUUGAUGUUUCUUCAUCCCCACUAUGGCUUGCCUGACGAGGCGUUCGGCGGUACCGAUGCGAUGAAUCGCUACGGUCAUGUUCUCCCGUUGGCGUUGGGAUUUCCCCUCGAGACGACCAUUGCAGUAACCCGGAUGUUCCUGGCGGGUGUGUUCGAUCGCUUCCCCCAACUGCAGAUCCUGUUGGCGCAUUCAGGUGGCACGCUUCCGUUUUUGGCCGGUCGCAUAGAAAGCUGUAUUCACCAUGAACGCAAGUUCGUUGCCAAUGGUGGCGAUGUGCCCGGACCGCAGCGCAGCGUCUGGGAUGUCUUGAAGACGAACAUCUACUUAGAUGCUGUCGUAUACGGCGAGGCUGGACUGCAAGCCGCAUUGGAGGCGUCCGGUACAGAUAGGCUGCUUUUUGGUACCGAUCAUCCGUUCUUCCCUCCUCUAGAUAGCAAGGAGGGCCAACAAUGGCCGAGUGUGACGACCAACUAUAAAGCAAUCAACGCUACUUUUGAUAAGGACGCGGACAAUGUGGCGGCAGUCUUGGGUGGAAAUGCAGCCCGUAUCCUGAACUUGAAGUGA